GGUGUUUUCGGUGUAAUGAGUACAACGCCCGCGACCUCGACGUCCCUAUGCCGGAUCAAGGUAGUAGAAAGUUUGCAAAAGAAGCCGACCCUCAGCGAGGAGUUCAAGCGAAACUUGAGCGUCAUUGCGAAAAGCAUAGCUUCGAAAAUGCUGGUGGCGAGCAAUCCCAACGUUUCCCCGGAAAAGCGGACCAUAUCCUUGAACGAUCUUUUGACGCAGAUAAACGUGACUCCGAGUCCCGUGGACAGAAAAGAUAAGAUAAAAUUGUUGGAACAACAGGUUGAUGAAAAAUCGCAGGGGUCGGAGGAAAAGUUUCAAAAAAUCGUCAUUGGUUACCUCGUCAAUAUAUCGGAGAACGUGAAGGAGCUGAAAAGCGAAGUGAGCAAAUUGUCCCAGCAGAUAAAAAACACCAAGCCCACGACACCGGACACGAGGAUGAAUACGAGAAAAUUGUCGACUUUCAAACAAUUGGGUGAUAAGCACUCCUACAAAUUGCCACUGACAUCCGUAGAAGAUUUUGAACGGUUUGACAAAAACCUGGCUGAGACAGGCUCGAGUUUGAGAACUGAUCUGACAACAAUUCUGACGUCCUUUUACGAUAAAAACCUGUCCAUCUCGAAGUACAUUGAAAAAGUGAUGAAGGCGGUUCUCAGCAAAGAAGUAGCUGUGCAAUUCACGGCAGUCAAACAGGCCAAGGGAAAGAAAAUCAUGAAAAGCACCCAACUCUUUUCCUGCAUCGAAGCUGUAGUCAAAGAUCAGCGCAGACAAUCCAAUCUAGUUACAACUGACAAGGAACUGGCUUACUCUCUCAGCUGUGUCAUGACAAGCACAGCCCAAUGGAAUAAGCCAACGCUUCGAAGAGAACACGGCAGUGCCAGAUACUCCGAUGGCCAUCCAAAUGAACACGACGAGUCGUCCCAGAGUGAAAUGGUGGGCAAAAACCCUGAUAUUAUUGAUUUGGAUGACUAUCCGUGCUCUGAUGAUACCAAUUAA